AUGGCCAAGGCGCUGCCCCUCCGCCUGCUCCUCGCCCUGCUGCUCCUGGCCCCGGCCCUGCCCGCGCCGCACAAGCGAGGGCUCAUCUUCAACUUGGACACCGGGGAGCUGUGCAUGCAGAGCAGCCAGUGCAAGAGCGGCUGCUGCCACCGGGGCAGCGGCCUGAGCCUGGCCCGAUGUGCACCAAAAGCGGCUGAGUUCCAGGAGUGCUCCCCGAAGAGCCCCUAUGGGGUCUACUACAAGUGUCCCUGCGAGAGCGGCUUGACCUGCGACGCUGAUAAGACCAUCGUAGGCUCCAUCACCAACAGCGACUUCGGCAUCUGCAAGGACCGCCAGAGCUUCAAGGGGUUGUGGUGA